AUGGAAGAAGCAAUCACAUUUAAAACAUAUUCAUCUAAUAUAUACGGGUUUUCAAUCGACUAUCCAGAUAAAUGGUUAAUUUCAGAGAAUAAUUCAUUUUUUGUGGUUGGUUUUAGAGAGUCUAAUGAAGAAACCUUUCCAUCAUUCAAUAUUCAAAUUAUAGAUUUAACAAUGUUUGGUCCAAAUGUCAACUAUAGCUCAUUUGAAGAAAUGAUUAGAUCUCAAAUUCUCAGAGUUGGUGCUAAAGCAGGAGCUUUCACAGAUGAAAAAGUUGGUGAUUUUAACGGUAGAUCAAUUAUAUUUUAUAUUCCAGAGAAUCAUAUGAAAUCUAAACAAACCUAUUUCUUCAAUAAAGGAAAUGCCUAUUUAAUCUCAUAUACCAGUAAAGCAGACGACUAUUUUAUCAAGCAUUUAUUUGUACACGACCACGCCAUUAGUUCAUUUGCAUUAUUCGAAAGUAAAGGUUACAAAUUCCUUCAAUUGAAAUCAACAUUAGCUCAACUAACUUCAGAUGAUAGAAAUCCAAACCAGUCAUUAUUUAUGGAGUACUACACACCAAAGAAUUGGGUUGAAAAAAAAAUAUCAAAGGAAUCUAUUAAAUAUACAGAUAAUGAAAAUAAAGGCAACUCUUUAUUAGUCCACAUUAAGCAAGUUAAAAAAGACGAUAGCGAAGAUUCAUCAACACCACUACCAUCACCAUCAUUGGAACACGCUGACAACAAAGAAGAACAUAUUUCAUUGGUAUUCCAAAUGGACUUUACAAUUAUUUGCUUUACUUUCUCUACACCAAUCAACGAAUUGAAUAGCUGGAGAUCAUGUUUCAAUCGUAUCAUCGAAUACUUUGGUUUAAUCAACAAACAAAAUAAAAAAGCUAAAGAUAAUGUACCAUACGACUAUUUCGACAAUCUUAUAAUUGGAUAUUCAUUUAGAGUUCCAAAAUCAUUCCAAUUAACAGCAUGCAAACCAAACGGCGAAUAUGUAUCAUUCAAAGACUCUGACGAAACCAAAAACCCAAUACCAUAUUGCUUUAGAGUAUUAGUUGAAGAUCUAACUGACUACCCAGGUCAACUCAAACUUUACGAAUAUUCAAACGAAGUAGUAUCAAAACUUUUAGAACAACCAGAAGCCAAACUAUUAACUGAAGAAGCUGGUUUCAUCCGUUUAGAUAAACAUUUAGCUCAAACAUCCUCAAUGCAAUCAUACGAUGUCGAAAUUCAACAACCAGCCCUCAGAUUAAUUGUUACCAGUGUACAAAAAAACCAUGGUAUCGUUCUUACAGUUCGUACAUUAUUCAACCAAUUUGACAAUAUUUAUAAAAAAUCAUUCUAUGUCUUUGAUACUUUCAACUUUUAUAAAUUAAAUAAAAAUUAA